GGGAACAAUGGGCGCGAUCCAUCUAAAAUGUUUGGAACGGUGGUUAGAAGAAAGCAAUAGAAAUAAUUGUGAAUUGUGCGGUCACGAGUUCCGCAUGGAACGCACGCCUCGUUAUAAGGUUUUUCGGUCUGUUAUAAUCUGGUUAUGCCUGAAUCACAGCGAUCAGAUGUAUGUCCGCAACGUGAAAGCCGAUCUACUAAGAUGUCUUAUAGUGACACCAGUGACCAUUGCGUGUUCUUACAUCUGUGUAGUGGCUGCCGAUUUUUACGCUAUGACUAAUUACGACAAUUUUCCACCCGCGCGAUGGACUACUUAUUCCUUACUAUCAAUGAUGGCGUUAUUAAUCCUAUCUUUCUUCGUUUGGAUCUACAUGACAGUACGAUAUCAUCAAAAAGCAUGGUUUUACUGGUGGCAAAAAACCAGUAGUGUAAAAAUUGUUGAUUUAAUGCCGAAAAAUAUUGCUUUAAGUAGAAACAAUAAGUGUGAUGUGUCGCAAGUUUAAC